CUGUUUCCAGGUGAAACCAGCUCAGAGAAUUGAUGGGAUUUGCCCCAGGUCUCCCACCCAGCAAGCCAGCGCUAAGGACCUGGGUGUUGGCACUUGAGGAUGGUGGUUUGUCGCUCUCUUGUAUGAAGGCGAGAAGCCAGAGAGCCCUCAGUGACCACGGAUUCUCUGGACAACUCCACAGCCCUGUCCCUGCUCAGCCGAGGCAGCACCAGCACCAGCACCAGCUCAAGCACAAGGUUGCUGUCUUCAUGGGGCCCUGGCACCUCCUGAGCUCUGGGUGGCCCCAGGCCUCCUGCCUGGGGUGGGGGCAGGAUCUAGUAUCUAGUUGUGAGUCCAGAGAGUCAAGCCUCCCAGGGCCAGGAACUCUGUGGUCUGCAGAGUGUGAGGGGGAAAGGGCCCUGGGAAUUCUGGGAGAGUCAAUGGCCUGAGCUCAUGUUCUCCGUGCUUGUCUCAGAUGCUUGGUGCUCAGGAAUACCAGUGACUGUUAUCCUGGACAAGGUACACCAGGUGCCGUGUGGGGUGGGCUCCUGAUCUUCCUCAGCUAGUCUCCCAGCUCUGCCUCUUCAUGGCUGUGUUGGUCACCCUGGCAUGCCUCAGUGUUCUCCUCUGUAAACUGGGUCAGUAAGAAUGGUGGACUUUCAUAACAUGAGGCUGGAAGGUUAAAUGGAAAAACCUGUGAAACACUUUGCCCUGUGGACCUCAAUUUAUAGUAACUCACAUUGCCAGCAUCUUAUUGCCCCAAAAGUCCCCCACCCACUUCACCCCCAGCCAAGAGCCUUGUUUUGGCACAUUUUACACAUGGAGAAAGUGAAGUUUGGAAGGGGAAGGCGACAAUGCUCACUGCUGCCAAGAGAGGAACUAGCCAAGCAGUAGCACCUGCCUGGGUUACUCUAGCUCCAUUCAGAUCCUUGCCCAUCCUGGUGCCCUGCCUGACCUGCACCCUAGAUUGGUUCUCCUGAGCCCCAGGCGUCUCCACUGAUGGGGGUUUGCCUCCUCCCUUAGGGCAGAGCCCCUGGACUGCCAGGUUCCUUGCCAGGGAGGAGGAGGGUAAAUCCAUCUACGGGGGCCUGAGUGUGCCCUGUGGGACAGGCCAUUGAUCCCGGAAUGCCCCUGCCUGAGCCCAGCGAGCAGGAGGGCGAGAGUGUGAAGGCCGGCCAGGAGCCGUCCCCUGAGUCCCCUGAGACUGGCACAGAUGUCGUCCCCACAGCCCCCACAAAGCCCAAGGAAUUCUCCAAUCUGGUCCUGCUAACGGCCUCCACUGAGAACAGGGAUGGCGUGGGCUCCCUGCCCAAUGGAGUGCACUGUGUCAUAUCCCUGGAGAUGUCUGGCCCUGACACCCUGGCCAGAACCCUCCAGAUCCUGCCAGCAGAGGAGCAGGGAGGGCCAGUCCAGCCAAGCCCCCAGACCCUUGUGCAGAAAUGCAGCAAGCCAGACACAGCUCCCAAGCCCCUGGAGUUCCUGAGAACCCCGUUCGGGGGCCGCCUCCUGGUGCUCGAGUCCUUCCUGUACAAGCAGGAGAAGGCUGUGGGGGACAAAGUGUACUGGAAAUGCCGAGAGCACACCGAGCUGGGCUGCCGGGGCCGGGCCAUCACCCGAGGCCCGCGGGCCACAGUGAUGCGGGGCCACUGUCACUCCCCUGAUGAGGAGGGCCUGGAGGCGCGGCGCCGGAAACAGAAACUGCGCAGCCCAGCCCUGCUGGAAGGCGUAGGGGGUCCUGAGGUCCUCGGAAGCCAGGUGGAGGAGCCACUCAAGGGGGUAGGCCCGUGGCUGUGCCCUGAGGAGCCAGAGCCUGCCCCUGGGCUGCUGCUGAGCAAGCCGGCCCCAGAGGAGAGCGGGGGGCUACGAUCCCUGUCAGUGCUGAGCUUGCCCCCCAAGAAACGCCGGAUACUGAUGUUUGGAGAGCGCCCGCCCUUCGAGUUCCUGAGGACCUGUUAUGGAGGCAGCUUCCUGGUGCACAAGUCCUUCCUGUACAAGCGAGAGAAGGCUGUGGGGGACAAGGUCUACUGGACAUGCCGGGACCACGUACUGCGUGGCUGCCGCAGCCGGGCCAUCACCCAGGGCCAGCGAGUGACUGUGAUGCGUGGCCACUGCCAUCCGCCCGACGUGGAGGGCCUGCAGGCCCGGCGGCAGCAGGAGAAGGCCUUGGAGAGGCUUCAGGCCAAGCCAGGUGGCCCUGGGGGCCAAGUGGAUAAGCUGCUCCAAGGCGUGGACAGCCUGCUCUACCGCAGGGGGCCUGGCACCCUGACCCUCACCAGGCCCCAUCCCAGAAAGCGCACGAAGCCCCAGGCCCUGCAGGAGCCCCCCGCGGAGGACCAGGAAAGGGGCCUGGGAGGCCCUGAGUUCCUGAGGACCCCUCUGGGGGGCAGCUUCCUGGUGCACGAGUCCUUCCUGUACAGGCGGGAGAAGGCUGCUGGCGAGAAGGUGUAUUGGACGUGCCGGGACCAGGCCCGCAUGGGCUGCCGGAGCCGGGCCAUCACCCAGGGCCAGCGGGUGACAGUCAUGCGAGGCCACUGCCACCCACCGGACCUGAUGGGCCUGGAGGCCCUGAGGCAGCGGGAGAAACGCCCUGGUGCAGCCCAGAGAGGGGGUUCAGGAGGCCCUGAGUUCCUGAGGACCCCUCUGGGGGGCAGCUUCCUGGUGCACGAGUCCUUCCUGUACAGGCGGGAGAAGGCUGCUGGCGAGAAGGUGUAUUGGACGUGCCGGGACCAGGCCCGCAUGGGCUGCCGGAGCCGGGCCAUCACCCAGGGCCAGCGGGUGAUGGUAAUGCGCAGGCACUGCCACCCACCGGACCUGGGGGGCCUGGAGGCCCUGAGGCAGCGCGAGCAGUUCCCCAGCCCAGCCCAGAGGGAAGGUUCAGGAACCCUCCAGCCUCUGGAGUUCCUGAGGACUUCCCUUGGAGGGAGGUUCCUGGUGCACGAGUCCUUCCUCUACAGGAAGGAGAAGGCUGCUGGUGAGAAAGUGUACUGGAUGUGCCGGGACCAGGCCCGGCUGGGCUGCCGCAGCCGGGCCAUCACCCAGGGCGAGCAGGUGACUGUGAUGCGCGGCCACUGCCACAUGCCUGAUCUGGUGGGCCUGGAGGCCCUGAGACAGCGGGAGCGGCUUCCCAGUGCGACCCAGCAGGAGGAUCCAGAAAAGAUAAAACUUCUGCCUAAUGUUCAACUGUGCUUCAAGACCUGUUCUCCUGAAAGCCAGCGGACUAAUGGAAAAUUCAAAGAUAAACCCAGCAGUGAGUCUCAGUGAGGCCAAUCUCCUCUCCAACUCAAACAGAGGAAUCUCAUGUGUCGCCAGCAUCAUGUCUACGCGGGACGCUGGCAUUUCCCACCAAGUUAGCUGCUUCUGGACAAAAGCUCUUUUUCACUCUUUCAAAGCAUCAACAGCUUCACACUCCCUCAAGAGGCCUCCCAGGAGGAAAACUCUGAUGGUGUCUUCAUGCAGGCAAAGAAGAGUGCCAGGAGCUGGCAGCUUGCAGGUGUGCGUGAUGUGGGGAAGGCCUGACCUCCGAAAGAUCUGAAGAAGCAUCUUUUGACAAAGUCACUCUUCCCUGUUGUGCCGCCCCAAGCCACAAACACCUAUCUGUUUUCAGAGCACGAGACUUUGCCAAGGACUUUCCAGUUGGGUGUGGCCCUGCUUUGGCCAGGGCACGUUUGAAGAGCUUCCCACUUUUUGGAGCUGAGUUGAGCUGCCCUGCCUAGCUCCAGCCACUCAGGUGUUUUCUGGACGAGUGCCACGUGGGUCUUUGUUUGCCCCUUGGCCGCCUGCUGCUGGGGCGCAGCCUUCCAUUAGUAACAGAGCAGGCCAACCAGAGGUCCCGCUAUACACUGUCAGACUUCCUUUCCCUCACUCUUUUCCAACAUAAACUCAGUGUCCAUGAUCCCGAUGGCAGGUGUCAUUCCUGGCAGUGGGAGCCAGCAUGGAGCAGACUAUUUGGCUGAGGCCGGCAGUGUCCUGGGUCACCCACAUUCAUCUGAUGCAGGAGGAGGGGCAGACCUGGAUGGCAGCAGAUGUGCAUGUCUUUCUCUAGUCUGGUAACACAGCAGAGAACUGGCCUAGCAGGUCCAAAAGAAGCGGGCUGAUGUCCCCUGGGACUCCAGAGGCUGCCGCUCGCUAACAAGGACUUGUCUUUGACAGCAAGGCUCCUUGCCCUCAUCCUGUAAUUGCAGAAGUGGCACAAACAGCAGGCUCUUUCUCUCCUGGCAAGCUGGCCACAGAGCCUCCCGUCCGGCUAUGGGACAGUGACAUCUCGGGUGUCCCCCGCUGCCCUUCUGCUUGUUCAUUUCCCUCAAUAAAUCUUAUUUUAUAUCUCACCAUGUAGAGCUGGUGUGUGUGUCCACAUCCCCUUUGCAACAACAGCUGGCAUCACAAAGCCAUACAUUCCACAUAUCUCAGUGGCACAUGGUUGGAAACGGAGUUUGCCUGGAACCUCACACAGGCUCGAGGUGCCUGGUGAAAAGCACUGAGCCACAGUCCUUGCACCCAGCGGAGCCUGCGCUGUGCCCAUUCUGCAUCCCCUCCAGUGGGGCCUGCGGACCAGCAACUUCCCUAGUCCCAAGCCCCACGGCUGUCACCUUGGCUGGGCUCUAGGCACCCAGAAGUUGGGGUGCAGUGUGAGAAGAAUCUAAAGAGGGCACAGGCUUCUCUUUCCUCCUGGACAUUCACGCUGAUGGGGCCAGUACACUCUUCCUCUUCUCCACGCCUGCUCCGACCUUAGAGGACAGAUGGAUGAUGCAUGUUGCUCGGACGGAGGAUGCCAGAUGGACAUCAGUUUGGACACUGUCAUCAUCUUGGGUGGCCUCAUGGCCACUUAGCCACUGAACUCCAGAAGUGUCUCCUAAGUCCACUUCCUCCAUGGUUCCAGAACCACAAAGAUGUCCCUUGCCCCAUCAUUGUCACAGAGCAAAGUGCAAGGGGCAAUCCCUCUCUUGCAAGCUGGGGCCCCCUCUGCGGACAGCGACACCACAUCUCACUCUGUUGCUAGUUUCCCCCAAUAAACCCUAUUCUAUUAUGUCUGCA